AUGGCGUCUAAUGGGAGCCAAGCAUUUGAAACCAUGCAUGCUUAUGGAGCCAAGAACACGCAGAUUGUUCCAUAUGGUCAAGGUUCUGCUUUAGUGAAUCAGUUUCCUUUGCAAACCAGUUGGCAACCAUCUAUUCAGUUUGAGAGAGUUGUGUUGCAGAAAAGGCCUGAGGAGCAGCGAAUGCAAGAUCUUGUGGCUGCUAGCAUAACGGAGAAGAGAGCAGAAACACAAAUGUUCCUUUCACUUCCUACGGAGAAAAAGCGAAGGAGAUCAGACCUCAGUUUGCUGAUGCUCGACUCAUUUGUCCCUAAACAAAGAAGAAAAGGUGACACAGGUCUAGCAGCAGCUGAUUUGUCAUUGGAUUUACAACAAACUGCUACAUCACCAGACAUGGCUAUUGAGGAAGAAGAGAAACAUAAAAAUGAAAGUGAUGGUCUUGAGGAUUAUUGGAAAGAUUUUGCAUUGGCUGUUGAAAGCACAAAGCUAUGA